AUGUACUCCUGUACACCAACAAACUCCAAAAGUACUUUCUACUGUCCAUUGCCAAUAGUACAAAGCUCCGCUCAAACCACCCAGAACUUGAACGCUCGCACCACCAGCCCCUCCAACGACUUUGCAACUUUCAAUUUCAAGAACCUCCGCCUCCAGCUCAAACGCGCAAACAAGGAAGUCAAGAUUGUGGGGCUGGUGUCGCCGACUGAGUGUACCAGCUCAUCGGCCUUCUCCUCGCUGCCGCCCCCGCAGCUGCUGCCCAUCCGUCUUCCAAGUGUGAGCAUCACCAACUCUUUCUCGCCGCGGCCUCCUCACCCAGUGCACACUUUUCAGGCGACUUGCAAUACAACACUCUCCUGA